AGGCCCAGCUGCUUCUUACACUUGCUUCUGACACAACCGUGUUCACUAGCAACUACACAAACAGACAUCAUGGUGCAUCUGAGUGGUGAAGAGAAGGGUCUUGUCACCGGCCUGUGGGGCAAGGUGAACGUGGACGAAGUUGGUGGUGAGGCCCUGGGCAGGCUGCUGGUGGUCUACCCCUGGACUCAGAGGUUCUUUGACUCCUUUGGCGACCUGUCCUCUGCUUCUGCUGUUAUGGGCAACGCUAAGGUGAAGGCCCAUGGCAAGAAAGUGCUGAACUCCUUCAGUGAUGGUCUGAAGAGUCUCGACAACCUCAAGGGCACCUUUGCUAAGCUGAGCGAGCUGCACUGUGACAAACUGCACGUGGAUCCUGAGAACUUCAAGCUCCUGGGCAACGUGCUGGUGUGCGUGCUGGCUCGCAACUUUGGCAAGGAUUUCACCCCGCAGGUGCAGGCUGCCUAUCAGAAGGUGGUGGCUGGUGUGGCCACUGCCCUGGCUCACAAGUACCACUGAGAUCCUGGCCAUUUCCUUGUUACUAUUGGAAGACCCUGUUUCUCUAGAUUCCAUCUUCUGAACUUGGGGAAAUUAUGCCCACCCUCAAGGGUAUGGCUUCUGCCUAAUAAAGAACUUUCAGCUCAA